AUGGCUAUUACACAGAACCUUUCUGUUUUAUUCAUUAUUAUUGCUGUUAUUUUCAUUGAUUGUAUUUUUCAUCAAGUAAAUUGUGUAUCACCUGUUCCUGGUAAAAAAAUAACAACAGCAUAUGGUGUGAAAGGUUCAGCAUGGGUACUUGGUUAUCAUGUAGGUGCUGAUUAUGCUUGUCCCAUUGGAACAAAAGUAGUAGCAACAAAAGAUGGAGUUGUUAAGAAUUUAAAUUGGGGUGCAGCUCUAGGAACACAUGUUAUCAUUGAAACAAAAGAUACGAAUGGCAAACUUGUUCAACAUCUCUACGCACAUUUAAGUAAAAAAUUAGUUAAAGCUGGUGAUAAAGUUAAAGCUGGACAAGAAAUAGCUAAAAGUGGAAAUACAGGUCAAGUAACUGGUCCUCAUGUUCAUUAUGCUGAACGUGUCUCACCAUUUGCUUAUGCAAAUCAUCGAAAACCACUAUUUAAUUGA